AAGACUUGAACCACGCAACCCUCUCUGGUCUCUGGUCGUCCUACUUUCUUCCACAGCAGAAGGAAACUUGAGUCGUGAGCGCAGUGGUGCAUCCAAUCCACAAAGAGCUGAGGUUAGUCAGCCAUGGCGGCACCGCCGACCGAGGACUGCGGCUGGCUGCUGUACCUCUCCCUGGCCGCCAAAUGCGGCGACCCUAGCCGCCUGCUCGGCUUGGCGGCGGUCUUCGUCGGCGCCUGCGUCGUAACGUCGCUCCUGCACUGGGCGUGCCCGGGCGGCCCCGCCUGGGGGCGGUACUGGUGGACCAGGCGAGGCGGGCUGGGCAUCGUCCGCGCCGCCAUCCCGGGACCCCGGGGCCUGCCAGUGGUCGGCAGCAUGGGGCUGAUGACCGGCCUGGCGCACCGCAAGCUCGCGGCGGCGGCGGCGGCGGCCGGGGGUCAGGGCAGCAGCAGGCGCCGCCGUCUCAUGGCGCUCUCCCUCGGCGAGACCCGGGCGGUGGUGACCGGCGACCCGGACGUCGCGAGGGAGCUGCUCGGCAGCGCCGCCUUCGCCGACCGCCCCGUCAAGGAGUCCGCGUACGGGCUCCUCUUCCACCGCGCCAUCGGCUUCGCCCCGCACGGCGCCUACUGGCGCGCGCUCCGCCGCGUGGCGUCGGCGCACCUCUUCUCGCCGCGCCAGGUCGCGGCCUCCUCCGCGCAGCGCGCGGUCAUCGCGCGCCAGAUGGUGGACGCCGUGACCACGGCCGCCCCCGCCCCCGCCCCCGCCGUCGUGGUGGCGCGCCGGUUCCUGAAGCGCGCGUCGCUGCACAACGUCAUGUGGUCGGUGUUCGGGCGCAGGUACGACCUGCUGCUGCUGGCGGCGGACGGCGAGGAGCUGAAGGCGCUGGUGGACGAAGGCUACGACCUCCUCGGGCAGCUGAACUGGUCCGACCACCUCCCGUGGCUGGCCCGCUUCGACCUGCAGAGGACCCGGGCCAGGUGCUCCGCGCUCGUCCCGCGGGUGAACCGCUUCGUUGGCAACAUCAUCGACGAGCACCGUGCGCGCCUCGGCCUCGGCGACACCGGCGGCGUCACGGACUUCACCGACGUCCUGCUCUCCCUCCAGGGCGUCGACAAGCUCUCCGACGCCGACAUGGUCGCCGUUCUCUGGGAGAUGAUCUUCCGAGGCACGGACACGGUGGCCGUCCUAAUGGAGUGGGUGCUGGCGCGUCUCGUGCUGCACCAGGACGUGCAGAGCAAGGUCCAGGAGGAGCUGGACCGGGUGGUGGGGCCACCGGGCCAGGCCGCAUCCGUGACGGAGUCGGACACCGCCUCGCUCGUCUACCUCCAGGCGGUCAUCAAGGAAGUGCUGCGCCUGCACCCGCCAGGCCCGCUGCUCUCCUGGGCGCGCCUGGCCACGUCGGACGCGCGCGUAGGCGGGUACCACGUGCCCGCGGGCACCACCGCCAUGGUGAACAUGUGGGCCAUAACGCAUGACCCCAGCGUGUGGGCCGAGCCGACGGAGUUCAGGCCCGAGAGGUUCGUGGGCGCCUCUGCUGGUGCUGGUGCUGGUGCUGGUGCCGAGGACGUUCCGAUGAUAAUGGGCUCGGAUCUCCGGCUCGCGCCCUUCGGGUCCGGCAGGCGGAGCUGCCCCGGCAAGUCGCUCGCGCUGGCUACCGUCGGGUUCUGGGUGGCCACCCUGCUCCACGAGUUCAAAUGGUUGCCGCCGUGCCGCGGCGUCGACCUGUCCGAGGUGCUGAGGCUGUCGUGUGAGAUGGCUGCACCGCUGGAGGCGAGGGUGGUUCCACGUCACGCGGUGUGAGAUGACGAGGAUGAGACACGUGGCCUGGGGAUAGGAGAAGUUGCCCGAUCGUCUGUCUAGAUUGUACUGUACUAUAUAUCUUAUCUUAGCUUUCCUUACCUUGUAGCAGAGAACGUAACGUGGCCCGGCGGCGAUGGAUGAUGAGAAUGAGAUGUGUAAAAGAAGAAAAAGAGCAUGCCCGAGUGCCAUAUGCUUUAGAGUGGACUGUGUAUAUAUGAUGAUGCUAUUGCUAGCAGCUAGUGGAAGGCAGUAGUACAUAGCAGUACCUCCUGCAGCGCCGGUUUGAUGCCUACGUGUGUAAUGUAAUGUAACUUUACCAGCUUGCAUGCAUGUGAUAUGUGCCUUGUUAGUGUAGUGCACAAGAUGAGAUGAGCGUGAC